CGAAAGCGUAAAAUGACCCAUCGUUUUGGAAGGCCAGCAAUUUCUUUCUUCUCGCCUCUGCGACGGCGCCUCCGCCAUGGAGGUGUACCGGAAUCUACUCCUCCUCCCCCUCCUCUUGGCCCUCGUCGCCGCGGCGGCGUCCGCCGCUGGCGACGAGCGGGCGGUACUGGAGGUAUCCGGCUCGCCGGAGGGGGUGGUAUGGGUGGUCCAGCUCUCGGAUCUCCACUUCAGCGUCCACCACCCGGACCGCGCCUACGACUUCCGCCGAUACGUCGGCCCGGCGCUCGCCAUGGUCAACCCCGCGCUCGUCCUCAUCACCGGAGACCUCACCGAUGGAAAAAGCAAAGAUCUGCUAACUAUGAAGCAAAACGAGAUGGAGUGGAUAGAAUAUAGAAGCAAGUUAAAGGAUGUAAUUGAAAGUAGCAAGCUUCCAAGAAGCAUUUUCUAUGAUCUGAGAGGAAACCAUGAUAGCUUUGGUGUACCUUCACCUGGUGGGGACCAUGAUUUCUAUCAGAAGUAUAGUAUCAAUGCCAUACUAAGACGACACAGCCGUGUCCAGAGCAUCACUUUGGAGAACAGUGGCCGGAAGCAUCUGUUUGUUGGCUUUGAUAGCACAAUGGAGAUUGGUCUUAGAGGACCGACAAAUCUAUUUGGGCAUCCAACUGACAAGCAACUUAUAGAAUUGGAUCAGUCACUUUCUCAGUGGGACACUGACUUCAACAAGGCUCAGGUGACAAAAGUCGCAUUUGGGCAUUUUCCAAUGUCUUUCUCAACAUUAACAGAGUCAGGAAAAAGUAUCAAGGAUGUGUUUCUUAAGCACUCAUUAGCAGCAUACUUGUGUGGCCAUCUUCAUACAAGGUUUGGGAAGAAUUUGAAGCGCUACUAUCAUCGAUCAACUGAGGGAUCACCAUUAUCAGAACAUUACUACCAAUUUAACAUGCACCAAGGAUAUGAAAUCCACAGCGAUAAGGAGAGUUGUUCUAAAGAGGCUGUGCAUGCCGAAGAAGAGUUCUGGGAGUGGGAGAUGGGUGAUUGGAGAAAAAGUAGAAGUAUGCGGAUAUUAGCAAUUGAUGAUGGUUAUGUCUCCUACACUGACAUAGAUUUUAGGUUAGGCUCAAAGAGUAUAAUUGUACUACCGACAUUUCCUCUUGACUCGAGAUUCAUGCAGAGGGCCACUGCUUCUCGUGACUUCAAAUGUCAGGUCAUGGGGGCUUCAACUUUUGACACAGUGAGGGCUCUUGUAUUCUCUCGACAUGAGAUAGUAUCUGUUUCAGUAAAGAUAUAUGACUCAAGAUCAGGACAUCUUGAUGUAGUGUUUGACUCUGAAAUGAAAAGGGUAAACGCAAAUGAAACUAGAGGAGAUAUGUAUUUAGUUCCAUGGAACUGGAGAGCAUUUGCAGAUCCCUCUCUGAACAGAUAUUGGCUCCAAAUUGAAGUAAUGGAUAUAACAGGUGACGCUAGUGUCAGCCAGUUGAGGCCAUUCUCUGUUAAUGGCUUUGCUUCAAAAGUUAGCUGGACAUGGAAGGAGUUUUUUGUGAUGGGUAUUCAAUGGGCUUUGGUGUAUCAUCCUGCACUGUGGUGUGUUCUUGCUCUGAUUUUCUCAUUGCUUCUUGUACCACGAGCUUCAGUUUUGUUGUUUAAAGAUCAAUUCACAUACAAAUAUCUGCGUCCAAAUGGUAGUCAGUGGGUAUCGUUGAAGUAUCUAAUUGGUGGUUUCAUCUGGCUCUUUGUUGAGUUUUCCAGGGUGACUAUUGUGUGGUCUUUGCUCUUGGUGUAUAUGAUAUAUUUGUUAGUCUUCCCUUGGUUGUUUGGUCACCCUAUAACUGAGGAUAGUAACCUCGCAUCCAUGACAUUUAGAGGCUGGAUUCUUGGAAAAUCCAAUAGUGGCAGUGAAGUUCUCCAUGCUGGCACUCCAGAUGUCAUGGUCAUUGUUCUCCCUCACCUUUGUUUCGUGGUAUUACCCACAAUUGUGAUUUUAGCUGCCAUGGCUGCUGAGAGAACAGCAUAUCGAGAACAGUAUCUUUCUCAAUCAGGAAAGAAGAAAGAUGAUCACUACCAAAAGAGCAGGAGACAGAAGGAGCAUGAUAAUUUUUGGAACAGUCGUUGGACACGGAAAUUUCUUUUUCUUCUUUGCCUGGCAGUUCUGUGGAAACAUUGGAAGCACUGCAGGGCUCUUGUGAAGGCUUAUGCGAUGAACCCUGUAAUCCACUCGCCAGUACAUUUCUUCUUCAUUCCAGUGCUCAUAGCGUUUGCUAUCUACAAAACCUCGUCACUUUAGCUGUUCCAGAGCCUUUUCUUGUAGCAUUGUUGUAUUGCUGUCAAGUUUCAAGGACACUGGAAAUAUUUGGCGUUACGCAGGCAUCCCUGUGAAUCUGGUGGUAACUGUAGGACAACAGAUUUGUUAGAUCAUUUAACUUGCGUAAAGAUGCUGUUAACAUCUUGCUGCACAUAAUUGUUAGACUGCACGGUUAUUCUUCAGAACUAAUAACAGUUAGAACAAGAAAAGAAAGAAAAUGUCAUACUGCUAUGUAUGUACUUAUUUUCAAGAAUAAAUUUGCUCCUUUUUUUUAAUCUUCUGCUUGGCCUCCACUUACAUAUAUCCUUAUGAAGAACAAAAUAACUGUGGUGGUGUACUCUUUUCUAUUUUCUGUAAUUCCAUCUGAGAAAUGUGUUUUAUAGUUCGCA